GGAUCCAGUUUAAAAAUCACAACACAUGUUUAUUUCAUAGAUUAACACAAUAAUAACAAUUUACUUCUGAUAAUCACCUCGUUUUUCAAUUCUUCUAUCAAAUUAGUUAAUUAAUAAAAAUGGUGCGUCAUUACAAUAAUGCUUUACCUCGUCCAUCGACCGCCAACAAAAAAUUGAUUCCUAUUUUACCUCCAGAAGUUAAAGUUAAACGAGGACCAAUAAGUCUCAACAAAGUUUGGUAUCGUGGUUCAUCUGGUCGUUUAAUAGUUAUUGGACAGCAUAUAACUCAAUUAUUUAAAUUUGAGAGGAUUACUCUAGACUAUCAUCAUGCUCUAGAAGUUCAAGGAUAUACAGAACGAUUGAUUACUGAAGCCAUGAGGAAUGGAGAUCGACAUAUACCUACCAUGGAGUUGGCAGAUUUUUAUAUACAUGAAAAACAAUUGGUUCAUAAGUUGUUCAAAGUCUUAGUUCCUAGAUAUAUUGAUUAUACUGACUCUUUUACAAAACUUUGGCGUCUGUCUCCUGCUUUAAGUAGGGAAGACAUUAUUACAGGCAAAGUCAGGCAUGCUGAUAAAGGCUGUCUUGAACUCAAAGGCAAUCCGCUUCCACCCAUUGAACCACCAAAAUAUAUAUCUCGGAAAAGUUAUCUUACAAAUGUCUUGUUGGAUGCAGCGAAAAAAGACUUUUAUGCAUCAAAGCAAUUCAGUGAUAAUCAAACUUCCAAGAAGAAAGUUGAAACAUCGUCUUGAACGUUAUAUAGCUGAUUUAGUCAUAGUUGAUGCUAAUCUAUAAAUGCUUUUGUUAAUUGUAAAAUCUACAGUACAUAGUGACCAUUCAUAGAAUGUCCGAUGGAGUUUCCAAUGAAAUAAACCAUUGUAUCAUCUUAAA